GAAGUGUAUGUUUGGUCGAGAGUUGCAUGGGGUCGUGCGUUUAUUAAUUUGUUUAUUAUUUUUUAUUAUGAGGUAGUAUUGUGAUAAUAAAUUAACAUUGUAUAAUUGAGGGAAAUGCAAUGACGUCUAAAACUGUAUGCAUCACCCAAGAAGGGCCUGCGAAUGCCUUAGCCCUUAAUAAAGAUAAUAGCCAGGUUGUGAUAGCCGGUCGCAAUGUUUUUAAGAUACUUACAUUACUGGAAGAUAGAUUUGAGGAAACUUGCAAUCUUCGAGUUGGCAAAAAUUUAAAUCUUAAUUUUUCCUGUAAUGAUGUUGCCUGGAAUCUUAUUGAUGAUCAUAUUCUGGCAACAGCUGCUACAAACGGUGCAGUAGUUGUGUGGAAUUUAAAUAGGCCAUCCCGGUCAAAACAAGAGCAUGUAUUUAUGGAUCAUAAAAGAACUGUGAAUAAAGUGAGUUUUCAUACAACAGAACCUAUGUGGUUGAUAUCUGGUUCUCAAGAUGGUACUAUGAAAUGUUUUGACUUACGGACAAAAGAAGCUGUUAAAACUUUUCUCAGUAAUACAGAAUCCGUGAGGGAUGUUCAGUUUUGUCCACACCAAUUACAUAUGUUUGCAGCAGUUUCUGAGAAUGGUCACGUGCAACAGUGGGACAUGAGAAGACCUGAUCGUUAUUUCCAACAUUUUACCGCACACAGUGGCCCGAUAUUCGCUUGCGAUUGGCAUCCUGAAUCUAUCUGGCUCGCUACGGCAUCUAGGGACAAAACAAUUAAAGUUUGGGAUUUAUCGGCUAAACCAAGUUGUGACUACACUAUACACACAAUUGCAUCGGUGGGACGCAUAAAAUGGAGGCCGCAAAAGAAGUAUCAUAUAUCUAGUUGUGCUCUAGUGGUCGAUUGUAGUAUAAAUGUAUGGGACAUACGGAGACCAUAUAUCCCGUUUGCGAGUUUUAACGAGCACAAGGACAUCCCCACGGGUGUAGCAUGGAGAGGCAGCCCGCAAUCUUUUUUGUCUACUAGCAGAGAUUGCACGUUGUAUCACCAUAUAUUUGAAGACGCGACGAGGCCGGCCAGUAAAGCGAAUCCGCAGGGUAUCGCGUUGAAUCCGAAUGACGACAUUGUGUACGCUUGCAAGAUGAACGUGAACGUGACAACUCCUGCAAAACAGUUAAGUAACAUAAUGAGGAAAACAUCUACGACAAAUGAUACCUUUUGCAUGGCGUCGAGCAUAAUGCAUAGAUAUGUGAAUUCGUCGCAUAAGCCGAUGUGGUUCAAGACAUUCGCGGAAGGUUAUCUGCUUUCCGGAAGGUUGGACGAAAUCUGUGAUCACAAUGCGACCGUCGCAAGCAACAAUGACAGGCAUGACCUCAGUAGAGUGUGGAAUAUUAUCAAGACUUUAUAUGCGAAUCCCCUUGGCUCCAUCUUAAAAACGCCACCGGCAGUACCGAAGGAAGACAUUGCCAGUGCUUCGAAUUUGGCGCAAAUCACAAAAGUUUCUGGUAUGGAACAAUCAAACGCAGGCAAUGAAAGUGAUGUGAAGUCUCUUCAAGGGGAAAACCAAACUGGUGCUACGAGUGGUGGUGACGACGAGACCGAGACGGACGAGACGCCGGAUAAUCAGAAUUUCGCCGAUCCCGUUCUGCCGAAGAGACCACUCGCCAGUCACACGGGACUGUCGAAAGGCGACUUCAUCUUCGGGGAAAGCGAACUUGAACCUAUAACUCUAGAGUACAACGGUGGUUUUAUGCGGGACAUGAUAGACAACGACGACGAUUGGGCAUUGUCCAAGGAAGCUUUUCCUUUACGACACGAAAUCAAGGAUCCGUCUCCACCACCGGAGCAAUUUCCCAACCACCCUCCUGACCUGAAUGAGGAUUCGGCUUCCGUUGUAGUCGAGGAUCAACCGUUCCAGCUAGUAGUGUCGGCUAUACCUAAGCCUUUGCCUUGGGACCCCACACGUUUGAUCGUGGAAGCAUUGAAUCAUCACGCAGACAUAAGGGACGUGCAAACGUCGGCAUCGAUCCUCAUUGCUUUAGGGGAAAAGAGGAAAGACUUGAACAUUGAAAUAGCUACACAGGAACAUUGGUUAAUGGAAUAUUUGGACAUGCUCUGCAAGUACAAGCUAUGGCAUGUAGCCACCCAGAUAAUACAAUUAGCAUGGAUUCCUUCCAUAUCGCAACUGAAUCAACAAUCAACUCUAAUACACACGUGCUGUUUAGCGUGCACAAAGCCGUUGCAACGGUCCGCGUGGUUGUGCGAUCGUUGUCACACAUCCGAGCAUGCUGUCUGUUCCGUCUGUCAUCAGGUGGUACGUGGUAUAUACGCAUGGUGUCAAGGGUGCACACACGGAGGUCAUAUAAAUCACAUGAGCGAAUGGUUUAAUAGCAAUCGACAGUGUCCAACCGGCUGCGGACACACAUGUGAAUACACGUGAGGAGAAUAUUUUCUAGAACUGUACGAUUGUAAAUAAAAAUGUUGUAAUGAGUUCAGGAGAGAAAUAACGAAAGCACAGUAUAAAUUGCUUUCUCAUCGGACUGAUAUAAAUAUAUAUAUAUUGAUAUAAGUAAAUGAGAGACAAUUAAGGAAAUAUGUAAAAAAAAUGAG